CUGUCUGAGCCUUGGUUAAUCUUUGCCCAGGCCAGUGGCGGUGGGGCUCCUCCCUCUGCAGGAUAUAAGUCUGGCCCAAGGCUGCUCCAUUCUCUGCCUGGACUGAGCCGCCCUGAGCGCCCUGCUGCCCUCACCAUGGCCAAGGGCUUCUACAUCUCCAAGUCCCUAGGCAUCCUGGGCAUCCUUCUGGGCGUGGCAGCUCUGUGUACCAUCGUCGCUCUGUCUGUGGUGUACGCUCAGGAGAAGAACCGGAAUGCUGAGAGCUUCACCGAAGCCCCCGAAAUCCCUGUGGUCUCCACUACUGUCUCGGCCACCACUGUGGACCAGAACCUUCCAUGGAACCAGUACCGCCUGCCCAAGUCUCUGAUACCUGACUCCUACCAGGUGAAGCUGAGGCCUUACUUCACUCCCAAUAAAGACGGCCUGUACAUCUUUGAGGGCUCCAGCACCGUCCUCUUCACCUGCAAGGAAGCCACCAACGUCAUCAUCAUCCACAGCAAAAAGCUCAACUACACAAGGAAACAGGAGCACAUGGUGGUCUUGCGGGGCGUGGGUGACUCCCAGCCCCCUGCCAUCGACAGGACUGAGCUGGUGGAGCAUACCGAGUACCUGGUGGUACACCUCAAGGGCUACCUGGAGGUGGGCCACAAGUAUGAGAUGGACACCGAGUUUCAGGGGGAGCUGGCCGAUGACCUGGCAGGCUUCUACCGCAGUGAAUACAUGGACGGCAACAUCAAAAAAGUGGUGGCCACGACACAGAUGCAGGCAGCAGAUGCCCGGAAAUCUUUCCCAUGCUUUGAUGAACCUGCCAUGAAGGCCCAGUUUAACAUCACGCUCAUCCACCCCAAGGACUACGUGGCUCUGUCUAACAUGCUUCCCAGAGGUCCCAGUGUCACAUUGGAUGGAGAGCCCGACUGGUCUAUCACUGAGUUCGAAACAACACCCAAGAUGUCCACAUACCUGUUGGCCUACAUUGUCAGCGAAUUCACAAAAGUGGAGACGCAGUCGCCCAAUAAUGUCCUGAUCCGGAUCUGGGCUCGACCCAGUGCUAUCGAUGAAGGCCAUGGUGAUUAUGCCCUGAACGUGACAGGCCCCAUCCUAAACUUCUUUGCUGGGCAUUAUGACACACCCUACCCACUUAAAAAAUCUGACCAGAUAGGCCUGCCUGACUUCAACGCUGGGGCCAUGGAGAACUGGGGGCUGGUGACCUACCGGGAAAACGCCCUGCUGUUUGACCCUGUGUCCUCCUCCAGCACCAACAAGGAGCGGGUGGUCACUGUGGUUGCUCACGAGCUGGCCCACCAGUGGUUUGGGAACCUGGUGACUGUGGAAUGGUGGAAUGAUCUGUGGCUGAACGAGGGCUUUGCCUCCUACGUGGAGUACCUGGGUGCCGACUAUGCAGAGCCCACCUGGAAUCUGAAAGACCUCAUAGUACUGAAUGACGUGUACCGUGUGAUGGCUGUGGAUGCCCUGGCCUCGUCCCACCCGCUGUCCACCCCUGCCGAGGAGAUCAACACACCGUCCCAGAUCAGUGAGCUGUUUGAUGCCAUCUCCUACAGCAAGGGUGCCUCGGUCCUCAGGAUGCUCUCCAGCUUCCUGACAGAGAACCUAUUCAAGAAAGGCCUGGCGUCCUACCUUCAUACCUUUGAGUACCAGAACACUGUCUACCAGGACCUGUGGCAUCACCUUCAGGAGGCAGUGGACAAUCAGACAGAAAUCAUUCUCCCUGACCGCGUGAGCAACAUCAUGGACCGCUGGAUCCUGCAGAUGGGCUUUCCAGUCAUCACCGUGGACACCAGCAAAGGGGAAAUCUCCCAGGAGCACUUCCUCCUUGACCCUGAGUCCAAUGUCACCCGCCCCUCCCAGUUCAACUACCUGUGGAUUGUGCCCAUCACAUCUAUCAGAAAUGGCAUAGAGCAGGAUACAUACUGGCUACAGAGUGUCCAGAAAGCCCAGCAUGAGCAUUUUAGAACGUCAUCAGACAAUGAAUGGGUCCUGCUGAACCUCAAUGUGACCGGCUAUUACCUGGUGAAUUACGACGAAAGCAACUGGAAGAAGAUUCAGACUCAAUUGCAGACCAAUCUGUCGGCCAUCCCUGUCAUCAAUCGGGCGCAGGUGAUCCAAGACUCCUUCAAUUUGGCCAGUGCUGGAAGGAUCCCUGUCACUCUAGCGCUGGACAACACUCUUUUUCUGAUUCAAGAGACAGAGUACAUGCCCUGGGAGGCUGCCCUGAGCAGCCUGAACUACUUCAAGCUCAUGUUUGACCGCUUCGAGGUCUACGGUCCCAUGAAGAACUACCUGAAGAAGCAAGUGUACCCCCUCUUCACCUACUACCAAAACCUCACCAACCUCUGGACCCAGCGGCCACCAACCCUGAUGGAACAAUACAAUGAGGUUAAUGCCAUCUCCACUGCCUGCGCCAAUGGGAUCGAGGAAUGUGAGACACUGGUCACCAACCUUUUCAAGGAGUGGAUGAAAAACCCCACCAUCAACCCGAUCCACCCCAACCUGCGGUCCACCGUCUACUGCAACGCCAUCUCCCAGGGUGGUGAGGAGGAGUGGGAGUUCGCCUGGCAGCAGUUCAGAAACGCCACCCUGGUAAAUGAGGCUGACAAACUCCGAGCAGCCCUGGCCUGCACUAACGAGGUGUGGCUCCUGAACAGAUACCUCAGCUACACCCUGAACCCUGACUACAUCCGGAAGCAGGACGCUGUCUCCACUAUCACCAGCAUCACCAACAAUGUCAUAGGGCAAACUCUGGUCUGGGAUUUUGUCAGGAGCAACUGGAAGAAGCUCUUUGAGGAUUAUGGUGGUGGCUCCUUCUCCUUCUCCAACCUCAUCCAGGCGGUGACCCAGCGAUUCUCCACCGAGUAUGAGCUGCAGCAGCUGGAGAGGUUCAAGAUGGAGAACAUGGACACUGGGUUUGGCUCAGGCACCCGGGCUCUGGAGCAAGCCCUGGAGAAGACGAAAGCCAAUAUCAAGUGGGUGAAGGAAAACAAGGACACAGUGCUCAAGUGGUUCACAGAAAGAAGCCAAUAAUUGUUCCUGUCUUCAAGCCACCUGGCCCCUAGUGAGGUGCCCAUGACUCUCUGUCCCACCAGUCUGUGGCAGGGCCUCCAUUUUCAGAGCCCGAGACACCAGUGUCCUCCCCUCAAUGACGAAGUCUCUGGCCUGUGGGGCCUCUAGUUUCUAAUGGCCAGGCUGUCCAAGUACCUCCCAGCCCCUGCCCCUUGUGCCAAUCCCACCCCAGGCCCGGCAUGGCACCUGUCACCCAGGGCCCUGGGGAUGAUCUCAGGGAAGCCCAGCUCUAGGGCCAGAUGAGCAGAAGCCCUUGAUGGACAAUGGACGGUCUUGAGGGAGCCGCCCUGAACAUUCUCUCACCUUCCCCACAAAACUGAGGAAUCAAUAGGGCACCAGAUCUGUAUAUUUUUUUCUAAGCGAAAAUGUAAAUAAAGGAUUUCUAGAUGA